GGAGAACACACCAUGUUGUUGAGGUCAGCUUUCUAAAUCCUACGCAUGGCCGACUAAGGACUUGCUUAUAUAAUGAUUUCAACGAAGGUCGUUUUGUGGACUCCUAUAGAUUAAGUUAUAAAAAUUAGGAGUAAUUCUAAAAAUAGAACGCCCAUUUACUGCACCGUUUAUGUAUUGUCUACUAUCGUUUUACACAACCGGAAGUAUUAGCCAAUCGUUAUCACCGGGCUAUCUACAACAUUCUCCGUGUUAUUAACUAAUACCUGGUACCUGUACUGACGGACAAGAUGGCGGCUAGUACCUCUAUAGCCAUGGGUAACGUAAACGAUGGGUAUACAGAGGACGACGGCGACCGUCAGAACAAACUCCCAUCCAAUGGUAACGAUUUAAGUGAUUUACAAGGAGAGGCCUCCAAGCCAGUGUGGAACAUAUUCCGGAAGCAGAACUUUGGACCGGAUACAGGUAUCUUCACUCAUUUUGGGCAGAAUCUGAUGAAGUUUGUCAAGAUCAUGACGUACAUUUUCCUGUGUUUGUUUGUGUUCGGGGGUGUGAUAGCUGCCCGAGGAUCACUGCAGAUUCUUGUUACACAACUGUAUAAUGAGAUCAGACAAAGCAACAUCACAAAAGAGAGAACUGUGACGGAGGACGCUAUUUCAUGGCUGCUGAUCCUAAUCAUUGCUAUCCCGGACCUAUUCAAGGCUGCCCGUUGUAUGCUCAGCUUCCUCUUCGGCGACAGGACCUUACCAAGUACAAAGUGCUUCCGGUUCAUUCUCAUCCAGUUAAAGGAAAUACUUCAUGUCGUGGGUUUGUGCGGACUAGUGUUUCGAGUGAUGCCAUUUCUUGGCCCCGUUGAGACAUCCGCCGUCUUAGCAGCGAUUCCCUGCAUUCCUACUAUUGUCCAAGUUAUUUUUAUCCGGAACAUGCAUAGGUCAAGGACGACGCCCAGGCUGAUAUUCACCAUCAUUGCUGCAGUUGUGUUGCUGGGGUCAGUUGUAGCCAUGUGCGUGGUUAAUGCUGGGAGAGGUAGCAAUUCGACAGAAGAUUUAGAAUUAAUCAUCUGGAUCAUCGCAUCGUGCGUCCUAGUGUCGUUAAGAUGGAUAGAGACAUAUGUCACCAGAGCGAAACAGGACACAGAGGAUACAUAUAAAAAGGGACUUGCAUCCUCUGAUAACGAUGGCGACGCCUUCAACUACCUGGUGUCUUCCGGUCUCCGACUUAUCGUCUCGUACAUCAUCUUGUCCCAGUAUUUCUGUCGCGGCAUCCGUGGUAUCGACACGACCUUCUCCCUAUUUAGGGAUAUCGACCACAGUAACAACGGGGCAGUGUCUCCUCCCCCCUCAAACUGUACCCCGUCCAACACUACCGUGUGUCCCACACCUUAUCCCUACACCGUGUGGCUCCCGUGGGAGAUACUGCCGUCGUUCUUUGUACAUUUUUUCUCCUCUGCUCUGGUCUACCAUCUAGCGAUCACUGCGUGCAAACUGUGCAUGCAGCGGGUGUGCUUCACCAUUCCUCUUGUGAUUGCGUCGCCCGUGUACGUGGUCGCCACACUGGCAUCGCUGGAGGCGGGACUUGAUUGGAGCCGUACCUUGUUUGAUGGUAAACGUCCUCCGACGUCGUACUCUGUGUACGUAGCCCUUGUAGUUUUCUUCGUGGCCUGGCUAGCACAAGUGUGGGCGUGUCGACAGACAUGGCACGAACCUACGGAACGUCUCUGCUUCCUUAAAAAAUUGUUUGUGUUGCCGUAUUACUGCAGUCCUGUCCUUGACCUUUCGUUGCUGCACAGCAGACGGCGCAUGCGCCCUGUUAACAUGACAGAUGGUCAGAAGGUGGCGUCUACCAGCAAGAUUUACAUAUGUGCCACAAUGUGGCAUGAGAACCGUGUGGAGAUGAAGCAGAUUCUCAGCUCCCUCUAUCGCCUUGACAUGGAUCAGUUUUCUCGGAAGAAAUCCAAGGAAGACUUCAAGUCAAUCGACCCUGAUUACUAUGAGUUCGAAGGUCACGUGCCAUUUGACGAUGCCAUGACAACAAAGAACAACAAAAGAGUUCCGAAUGAUUUUGUUAAACAGCUUAUUGAGGUCAUUGAUGAAGCUGGAAGUACUGUCCAUGGCCGGGGUAUCAGUCUGGGACCCCCGGACCGGGUUAUCACACCCUAUGGUGGCAGACUAGUAUGGACGCUCCCCGGGGGGAACAAACUCUUUGUUCAUCUAAAAGACAAGGAAAAAAUACGACACAAGAAAAGAUGGUCUCAGAUAAUGUACCUGUACUACCUCAUUGGCUAUGAGAUGAUGGAACAGAAUCGCUCAAAGUUCGGUAAAGACAUCAACUUCGAAGACUGUCAAUCCAUCUUUGACUUCUUUCCCGAGACCGUCAGAAUGGCGUCCGAGAAUACAUACCUCCUAGCCCUUGACGGGGAUGUGGACUUUGAACCGGAAGCUAUCCGACUGCUGGUUGACCGGAUGAAGAAAGAUCCAAAAGUUGGGGCAACGUGUGGACGUAUCAAACCGGGGGGAUCAGGCCCUGUUGUGUGGUACCAGCGCUUUGAGUAUGCAGUCGGCCAUUGGCUCCAGAAGUCGGCCGAGCACGUGUUCGGUUGUGUUCUGUGCAGCCCUGGGUGUUUCAGUAUGUUCCGGGCCAAGGCUUUAAUGGACGACAAUGUGAUGAGGACAUACGCUACACUGCCUACUGAACCCCGACAUUAUUUACAGUACGACCAAGGAGAGGAUCGCUGGCUGUGCACAUUGAUGUUACAACAGGGAUAUAGAAUAGAAUAUUGCGCAGCGGCAGAGGCAUUGACCUUUGCACCGGAAGAUUUUAAGGAAUUCUUUAACCAGCGGAGAAGAUGGCUGCCAUCCACAAUGGCCAACAUCAUGGACCUCCUUGGAAGCGCCAGCAGGACGACUCGUAAUAACAGUAACAUCUCAUAUCUUUACAUCAUCUACCAGACUGUCCUCCUCGUAUCGUCCAUCCUCGGACCCUCCACCGUCCUUCUCGCCAUAGAGUCAAGUCUGCGCACUGUGUUCCCAGUGGCCACUUGGGUGUCCUAUGUCCUCGUCUACGUGCCGACUCUCGUCUUCAUCUUCAUCUGCCUCAAGUUUAGUAAGAACGCUCAACUAAACACGGCCAUGGUGCUCAGCGCCCUGUACGCCUUUCUCAUGAUGGCAGUCAUCGUCGGUAUCAUCGUCAGUAUCGCCGGCGAUGGCUGGUAUACACCUACGGCAAUAUUCCUCUACAUCCUAAUCGCCUCCUUUAUUUUAGCCGGGCUGUUACACCCUCACGAGUUCAAAGAUCUGCUAUAUGGUGUCAUAUACUUCAUUUGUAUUCCGGCCGGAUAUCUGUUCUUGAUUAUCUUUGCUAUCUGUAAUUUGAAUGACGUUUCCUGGGGAACAAGGGAAACGCAAACGGCUGUCCUAGAAAAUCCAAAUCGUCCCAAAAAGCCGAAAAUAAAAGAAGCAGAGGACGAAUUCGGCGAGGCUGCACAAGAUGUUCUAGCAAAUAUUGUAAAGCAGGUGAAAGCUGAAAAAAUACGAAACAAUUCUUGUAAAGAUGCAUUUUUGUCCAUAUUCAGAUGGGCCAAUAAUCUCGUUGUCCUCAAAUCCUUAUCAACAAUGCAAACGAUAUUCAAAAAUGACCCUGGGGAGAGCGACCCGACAACUCCUGCCGGUCAUGCAAUCGGCAAGGGAUUCAGUAUUUACAAGAAGACGUUAAAAGCCCAGAUGUCCAGCUCCACACUUGACGACACGGCAUGGGCCAUGAACUCUCCACAAAAGAUUUCCGAUCAGGAAGCCUCGUUUUGGAAUGACUUAAUUCAAAUAUAUCUCUAUCCCCUGGAUCACGACGAGCAAAAGAAAAACGAGGUAUCAGAAAUGUUAAAAGAUUUUAGAAAUCGUGUUUCGUUUGGAUUUUUCUUCGUUAAUGGCUUAUGGAUCGUUAUAAUGACCGCCAUGACCCAAGUUAAGGACACAGUCAGUGUUACAAUAUAUCUGCGCGACAUGAACUCAUUUCAGUUUGAGCCCCUCGGAUUUGUCUUCCUGUUGAUAUUCGCCAUUUUAUUGCUAAUGCAAUUUGUUGGAAUGGUUGCCCAUAGAUACGAGACACUGCUGCACGUGCUUGCCGCUACAGAUCUGCGGUCGUCUGCUGACGACAUGGUGAAAGUACGUAAAAUGAUACAGGAUAUGGCGUCACAUGGGAAACUUGAAGAAGACGACGAGGACGACACAAAAUCGUUCGCUGGCGGUAUGGAGGUAGAGUCUACAGAAAAUCCAGAGGACCUCGAAGAAAUAUAUGAAGACUUUCAAUCGCUACAUGAAAAAGUGAAGUCGAGGCCGAAGGCAAAACAACGACUUGAUCUCGAUAGAAAUUACAGAAAAACUGUCAGGAAUAUGAAGAGAAGACAGACACAGAAAAAACAGACGCGUUCACGUGUGAACUGGAAAGGUCGUGACAAUGCCGCGUGAAACACCUGUGCCCUACGUGAGACUUAAAAUCCGCAUAAGAUACGUGACUUUCAGGAGACAUAAAAUCUUAGUGAGAAACGUGACGAUAUGUGAUACAUACAACCCUAAGUAGACACGUGUCCAAACGGACAUACACAAUCUUAACGAGUCACUAUGUAUUAUCUACAUGUAAGUUAUUAUUUAUCCGAGACCAGUUGAUCACAUGUGAAUUACAAGUUUAUAUGCUGUGUAUGAUCUACUGAAGAUAGUUAAUCAAAAGGCUUAUAUAAACUUUAUUUAUAUUACAA